GUGACUGACAAAUAUGCGUCUGUUCCACUCACUAAGUUUAGAAAACCUUUCUGGGAAGGAAUCGUCGUCUCCAUUUCUGGUGAGCAGAGAAAAAGACGCUCGCAUUUCUUUACUCAAUGAGGUCAAAGAACGGAAACAGCGGGUCCCGACCCCUGAAAAGGUUCAUGUUUGCUUUUUUUUUAGCUUCUGAUUUUCUCACUUCAUUCAUGUUUUGUUUUUGUUUUGCUUGUUUGUUGUUGUUAUUGUUUUUGUUGUUGCCCAGAACACAAGAAAUUGAAUCUUUAAUUGAAUACUCGCACGCGUUUAAGCCACCACGCAGGCCUGAUGGAGGUAAUUCUCAAUACCCCAGCACCCUCAUGCGCCGGUCAAUAUUAAAUUGACCAAUACUUAUACAGCAAUAAAUGAAGCAUUAUUUCUGGUGUCGUGGGAAUCAUGUAACUGUUUAGUGGAAAACCGAAAUACAAUUUUCAUUGAAAGAAAAGAGUACAAAUCUUUUUAAGACUAUUGUAUUAAAUAGAGACCAACCGAAAGUGAUUUUCUGAUUUCGGCCGAAGCCGAAAAUAGGCUGAAACUUUAAAAAUGACUUUCGGCCGAAACCGAAAAAAGGCCGAAAGUUAAAAAUGACUUUCGGCCGAAAUCGAAGCCGAAGCUGAAACCGAAAAUGAAAUAUUUUGAUAUUUUGAAAUUCGUUCCCGCAUACAUUCUGCAUACAUCGAAAAUGAUGGGGGAAAGUAUAAAUAUUUACAUUCUUUUUAUAAAAAAUGAGAUUAUCGUGAAUAUUAAUAAAUAAACAUCUAAUAUAACAUCUUGUUAAAGAUCGUUUAGUUUGUUCUUAAAGAUCACUUAAUUUGUUGUUAAAGAUCGUUUAGCUUUUUGUUAAGGAUCGCUUUAUUUGUUCUUAAAGAUCACUUAGUUUUUGUUUAAAGAUCUUUUAGUUUGUUAUUAAAGAUCAUUUAGUUUGUUCAAAAAAGAUCACUAAGUUUUUUCUUAAAGAUCGCUAAGUUUGUGUUAUUACAAGAACGUUUAGUUUGUUCAUAAAAAUCGCUUAGUUUGUUCUUAAAGAUCUUUGAUUUUGUUCUUAAAUAUCGCUUAGUUGUUCUUAAAGAUCAUUCAGUUUGUUCUUAAACAUCAUUUAGUUUGUUUUUAUACAUCAUUUAGUUUUUUUUAUUAAAAAUCGUUUAGUUUGUUCAUAAAGAUCUUUGAUUUUUUUCUUAAAUAUCGCUUAGUUGUUCUUAAAGAUCAUUCAGUUUGUUCUUAAAGAUCAUUUAGUUUGUUUUUAUACAUCUUUUAGUUUUUUUAUUAAAAAUCUUUUAGUUUGUUCUUAAAGAUCGCUUAUUUUGUUGUUGAAGAUCGCUUAGUUUUUUUUUAUAAAGAUCGGAUCGCUUAGUUUGUUCUGAUAGAUAAUUGAUUUUGUUCUUUAAGAUCGAUUAAUUUGUUCUUAAAGAUCUUUUAGUUUGUUCCUAAAGAACAUUUAGUUUUCUUUUAAAGAUCGCUUAGUUUAUUCUUAUAAAUCAUUUAGCUUACUAUUAAAGAUCAAUUGUUUUGUUCUUAAAGAUCAUUAAGUUCGUUCUUCAAAAUCGCUUAGUUUGUUCUUUAAGAUCGUUUAGUUUUUUUUUAAAGAUCGCUUAAUUUGUUCUUAAAGUUCACUUUAUUUGUUUUUAAAGAUCACUUUAUUUGUUUUUAAAGAUCGUUUAGUUUGUUCUUAAUGAUCGCUUAAUUUGUUAUAAAGAUCGUUUAGUUUGUUCUUCAAUGUCGCUUAGUUUGUUGUUAAAUAUCGCUUUCGCUGAGUAUUAGAUGACCAAAAACCUCAAUCACUUUCGGCCGGAUGGCCGAAAGUCAAAGUCAAUUUGGCCGAAACAGAAAAAAAACGAAAGUUAAAUUUUCUCUUUCGGCCGAAACCAAAAUUAAGCCCGAAAGUUAACUUUCAGUUUCUGCCAAAACCGAAACUUGGCCGAAAGUGAUAAAAUGGCCACUUUCGGCGCCGAAACCGAGGCCGAAGCCGAAAUUCGGUCGGUCUCUAGUAUUUAAAAAAGGUUAGAGAGAAAGGGGGGGGGGCAACAUUUCACAGUCCCGGCUAAGUUAUAUUCUCCUUUCCCCUCUGAAAUCCAGUCAUAGACGCUGCAUUCUAAUUGGUAGAGCAGAAUUUUGUUAUUUUAGAAAAGACCUCAAUUUAGGACAAUAGGAGUUAACUUAUAACUUUUCAUGUGAUUAAACAUUAACUAAUAGUAACAUUUUUUUAUCAAACACGUGAAGCCCAUUAUAAAACGCCAAAGUAAUCGACAUAUUCUCCAUUUUGAAAUGUAGGCCUACAUUACUAAUACUUUGUUCUCUUUCACUGUAACGUGAAUGGUCAAACAAAAUAUAGAGUAUAGAGCAAGAUCAACUUUUGUUUACAACAAAAUCUUUGAUAGAGAUAAAGCAAUCGAUAAAAUAAGAAUCUAUAAGUAUUGGUCAUUAAAAAAAUUGUUUCUUGCAAGUUGUUACUUAAGAUGAUGUCAUAAUUGUACAGGUUUCUACAAGGCAUUAAACUAACACACUUGACAUUAUAGACCGUCCCUAGAUUAAACGUUUUAUCUUUUUCAACUGUUAAAAUAUUUAGAACUAAUCUUCAUUAGAUGUUGCCAGGUUUUUGCUCCUCAAGUAAAAAGCAAAAUACUUUUUUUAAACGGCCGUACUCCCCACGCUCUAACUUAAAGGUUUACUCUGUGGUCUAUAUUUAACAUAUUCCAAACUUUUUCAUAAAGACAGUUCCCACAUCUUUAUUGCUCAGCAUAACCUAACGAACAACAUUCUCAAUUUUUGUUAUUCUUAACACUUGAAGACAGCGGUUCUCAAACUGGCGUCCAGCUGUGAGAGACGACGCCUCGGCAAACAACAACAGAUCCUCGCCGGCGUAGCGCAGCGAUGCAGGGAACAAGAGGUCAAUGACCUGUCUGAGGUCAUGUCAGCGAAGUGUGACCUCGUGUCUCCGAGACUUGGGGCCCGGACAUCUGCAGGGACUGAGUGGCCAUUCUACAUGGCCAGGCCACUCAACACGGACCGGGCGUCUGAUGUCAUCUCAGACUCUUUUUUUUAUGCUGGUAAUUUUGAUUGGUUGUUUAAGGACACGUGGACCCAUGAUACCUGAUGCUGUCUUCUUUGAAUUGCCAGGAAAUAACUAUGGGGACACCCGUAGAAAUAUAAUGGAAGCCCUCUAUAAAAAAAAAAUGGCAGUGUCUACACGUCCGGCGCGCCGGACGUCUAUCUCCCGCACUAUGUGUCCGGCGACCAAGUCACAUGACCGCCGUAACAAAGUGGCGAGAGAUAUCGUGUCGGUCAGCCUUGUCACGUGACUGCGAAUAAUUCAAAACUAUUGUUAAUUUUAAAAUCUAUUUCUCUACCAAGUAAUGUACUGAGUAUCUUGAAUGCAAAUAAUAGAAAAAGAAACUUGUAAACAUUUUUGUUUAGUUUGUUAUUUUUUGUGUACCAGUAAUCCAUAAAAUAAAUUAGGGGCCAGUGUGGCAACCAAUAAAAGUUAAAGAUUUCAUUUUAAAUUAUUUCAAUUGCUACAAAAUAUUUAAAAACUUCUCAUGAAACUACUGUUGCUGAGGAACAUGAUAAUAUAAAUAUAUACAAAAUAUUUUAAUUAAAAUGGGAAGAAAAAAAACGACCCUAUCCCCGGUAUAGAUCCUCAAACAUUCCUAUCGUCAAGCAACCACUCUACCACAAGACCAGACAAGAUGUACUAAAUCGUACUUCGUUUGGAAUUAUAAAAACUACUAGCCGUCCAGCCAUGUCCGGCGGUCACGUGACAAGUCGCCGGACGUGUAGACACUUCGAAAAAAAAUUGUUCUGGUAUAGGCGCAAUUCAAAGGGCAAAUAGUAAGCACUGAGUGCGGUUGGGGGCGCAGAGUAUUAUGUUGAAAUUAAAAGUAGUGAGAUAGUUGGUAAUUACGCUAAGUGGCAUCCUUAUUAAAAGGACUAAUCUAGACAUUGCUAUUAAAAGGACUAACCUAGACAUUGCUAUUAAAGGGACUAACCUAGACAUUGCUAUUAAAAGGACUAACCUAGACAUUGCUAUUAAAAGGACUAACCUAGACAUUGCUAUUAAAAGGACUAACCUAGACAUUGUUAUUAAAAGGACUAACCUAGACAUUGCUACUAAAAGGACUAACCUAGACAUUGCUAUUAAAAGGACUAACCUAGACAUUGCUAUUAAAAGGGCUAACCUGGACAUUGCUAUUAAAAGGACUAGCCUGGACAUUGCUAUUAAAAGGACUAACCUAAAUAGCGUAGCAAGGGUGUUGCGGUCGUGCGUACCGCACCCGGUGACACCGACCCAGAGGGUAAAACCAAAUUGAAAAAUUGCAUAUUUAUAGAGCACUUAUUGCUAGGUCUAAUCUAAUUGCAUAAAAGGAUCACACAUGAAAUUUCCUCACAUGUAACCAAACCAAAUGCAUGUCUUAUUAAAAGUUCAAUGUUGAUACGUCAGAAAUGAGGUGACCCUAUAACUAAGUCAGAAAACCCCAAUUUUUACCAUGAGUCAACGUCGCUUGAAGUGUUCGAUAACUUUCGUAAGUGACCGGAAUAUAUUUAUAAUUUCUAAGAAAUAUAGCUUUCCAUUUAUACCGAAUACGAUGUGGUCGGGCGAUUCUGAAUGCAUGAAUUGAUGAGUGUAUUGAUUGCUGUCAACCACAGAUCAGAUCAUCAGCAAUCACGGAAGUAGCAUAUUUGUUUGGGGGGGUGCUCACUCCAAGGGUCCACGAUCAGCAAGUGAAGAAGACUUAUUGGUGCCCGUUCCCAAAUGAACCUCUUUCUAUGAUGAGUCAACUAAAUGGGAACUUUUAAGAGAAACACCAAGGCGUGGAAAACACCUUCAGGCAGCUGAUAAUAAUUUUUACAACGUCAUGUACUCGUCAGUGUUUGAUGCUUUGAAAUUCGCAGCUCAAUGGGACUUCCUGGAAUCUCUUCCAAUACUCUCGAUAAGCCUUCGAUUGUUUCCUACGAUCUGUGUGUCUGUGGUUUUAUUUAAGACUUAUCAAGACCUUUAUACGAUCCGCCAUGGGGCAGUCUAUGAUUUCUAACCUGUCUCUGAUCUCAAUUGAAAGUGAUACAGUGUAGAAUAUUGAUUAUGAUCAAGUCAUUUACAGGUUUGCAACUUUGAAGAACAGGAAAGGCAAAUGUUAGAUAAAUUAAAUUUAAUGAAAAAUAACUAUACUUAACAUUGUUAUAGUUCUUAAAUACAUUUUGCUCCUAGCUACGCCACUUAUUAAAACUCCAUAUAUUAUGUAAUGUAUCGUGUGGAGGACGGCGUUCAGGUUGAAACACUAUGAACUACAACAUACAAAGUAGAAGAAAAUAUGAACAUUCAACAGCUAAACAACUUUUUGUGAUCUUUCAGAUUUUCCCCUACUCUGUAUACUCUAUAUUAUAUUUCAUGUUAUAUGUUUAAAGUGAGUGUCUGGAUAUUUUUAUUUAUUUUUUACAAUCCGUGUUUCGUUAUUCUUAGGCACAACGCCCAUAAACGACAGAGACGAAAAUUACAAAGAGAAACCUUAUACAUUCUUCCCGGCAAGACGCAUCAUCAGGCAACAGAAUAAACUCGUCCCUAUCUCUGGUGGACACCCAAGCUUGCUGUUCCACGACUACAAGAAAACAAGGCAUUCGGAGAUAGCUUCAGAUGAUUUCAAAUCAGUGGAUCCUCCCCAAACGUCACAAAAACACCACCACCUUCCAGAACCACACCGACGUUCACCUGGCAACCAGUCAAAGUAUGUGCACCCCCUCCACGACAAAAAUGUCCACCCUUUCCGUGAAAAAAGUGACGGCCAAGUACCGUCCCGUUUAAGCUACAUCCAAGUUGGAACUAGCUCCUACUUUACACACGAUUCAGCGGCGUCUCUGUCUUCUUCAAAUCAAAAUCUUGGGCCACCUGUGGCCGUUUCGACUCCUGCCUACCCAGACUCCCACGUCGGCUAUAGACAACAUUUGUUGGGCUCCGUCCAGCACAAGACGAUGUCUAGAUUUCACAAAUUGAAUAUCAGCUCAGACAAACUUGUUCCCACCUUACUGCAGAAGUCACCUCGCGAUCACUGUGGUCCGAAAAUACCAAGUCUGGAAUCCCUUGGAAUGAUCAUUAAUCAGAACAUCGAUAGUCCCAGAAGUUAAGACUGUUCACUGAGAUGUGUUACCGGUUAGGGAUCAUCUACAUUUUUGCAAAGCAAGCAAAUAUGUUUUUUCAAAUUGAGAGUAAUAUUGAUGAAAUAAUAAAAGAUACGAAGGAGACUGAAAAAAGCAUAUGAAUAAACUGAGAAAUUUUUUGUAAGAGAAGAAGAAAUCGAAAUAUUUAAAUGCCACUAACUUAAUUCAAAUGUAUUAAAUAUUCCUCUGUUUAUAAACUGCCGACUUCUCACUGGAUUUGGAAGAAAAGUUAAACUAGUGGACAUGGACGUCAUGUUGCCGAUUAGUUUAUUUCAUCCGUCCUCUUUCUAAGUAUAGGGAGUCUAUGACAGUCUGGUCCAUCAUUGCUGUGAAAGAUUACUUCCCUUGUGCUGAUUUGUUUGCGCAUGUCCAAAUUACGCUAUAGUUUUUAAAAGGAUUAAAUAAAUAAGAUUUUAAUUUAAUUGAGUCUUUAUAACAAGUUAGAUUGACCCGCAUUCAGACUCUAUGAUAUUAUGUUGUUUGUUGUUUUUGGUUUUUUUUUGGGGAGGGUGGGUUGUGGGCUGGAUCGGAGUAACUUUUGAAGAGCCUGGUGCAAACAUGUAGAUAAAACCCAAGUAGACUCUUGCCAACCACUUUAAAACAAUGCAUCUGAACUCUGAACUUUUGUUUUCUUAAGCUACUGUCCAAUAAAAAUAAAUCGUAUUUUAAGUCAACUGCGAUUGGCCAAUAAUUUCUUUCCGGAAUUAAAAAGUUCCGCGCAACUAAAUUGAACAUUAGUAAAAUAUUUAUGUACCGGUAUUUCAUAUAUAAAUCAUGCAUAAUGUUAAUCGGAUAAGUAGGCCUACCAUUCUCAAGAUUUAGAGUAGGCCUGGUGCAAGUGCACCACUUGCAUCUUGGUUAAUCCGUUCCCAAGUGUUAGAGUUGCCUUAUAUUAAUAAUACUAGGAGGUUGCAAUAUAGUUUAAAAUUAUCAUCACCCAGUGCACUUGUUCAAAUCCGGCGCUAAUACAUUUACGACUCCAAGUUUUCCCGAAACUCCAGUUUUGAAAUCAGGUGAUGUAGACAUUAUAAAACUGUGUUAGUCUUGAUACAUAUCAGGUGACCUUGUUGUGUUUCAUAAACUGUUUCAUAAAAUGGGUCAAAUACCACAUUAUAUAAACCAUUCACUAUCUCAAGUUCUUGCAGACUUUGAUUAAAAAAAAUAAUAAAACACCUGUUUACAACUAUCGGUAGUUUUAAUGUAAGUGCAUAGGUCCUGGGGUUCACGUGUCUCAUCUUUGUGAUUUAGCCUUUAUUAAACUUAAACAGUUAGGUCGUUGAAGGAGUACAAAAACCACACACACAACAACAAAAAAAUGAAUUUAGGCCUUAGUUCUACCACAGAUAUGGCAACAACAAAAAAGAAAAAACACUAUUUGUACAAUAGUUGUCUGAAUUCGGAAAAAUAUUUAAAUUUAUCAACACCACACCACUCAAAUAAUUUUAAAAUGUUAACAUCAAAAGACAGUUUUUUUCCCCCACUACAAAAAAAAAUACAAAUACAGAAUGACUUAAGUCGCAUUCAGAGUCGAGCAAUCAGAGACAGGGCAUCAUAUUAGUUGUCUGCAUCGACGGCGCUAAGCAACCAAAGCCAUUUGGUUCCCCAUGCAUCGCUGCCCUGCUUGAUCGCCUUUGAAUAAUAAACAAAAAAUUAUCAACUUGUCAACUAGAUGGAUGGUAUACUAAGCAUCGUGUUGUCGUUUUUUGUUUUUUUUAAUUCAUCAGAUUGGCUUCCCUUGGCCUUGUUAACUUACCUCACAUUAUCUUAAGGCUUUCAUUUACUUUACAUUAUAUGAAUAUAUAUUUUUAAGCUCAUAUUUUUUUUAUGUAAGCAAAUUUGUAUAUUGUUAAAAAAAAUCUAUUAUUUUAUUGUACAUUCAAAUUAACACACAUUUCAUUAAUCAACAUGUUUAAAAAAUGUAUAUUAAAAGAAGUUUAUAUCUUUCAAAGAAUUCCUUUCGAAUUUUUUUUUAAUGUCGGUCAUCUCUAGUGGACAGAGAAAAGUGAACUAAAGCUGUGGUUCAAGAUCAAAGUUUGAACAAAUACAAUCAUGAACGUCAUUCAUUCAUGAAACAAUUUAUGAAUACAUCACGUCAGCCUAGGGACUAAUAAAAUGUUGUUGCUGUUGUUAUUUUUGUGUGGCUUGAAGCAGAUCAGAUUAAUAAGAAAUUAACAUAGAAUGGCACGUGAACUAUUAAUUUGAAAUUAACGACUCACUUUAUGACAAAUGUAAUCGAUUAUAAAAAAAAAAUGUGUAUAAACUUCUUGUAUUACAAUGUGUCUCAACCUAUAAAAUAAAAGAGUCA